CGCGCUAUUCACAUCUUCCCUUAUUAAAGACAAAAAAAAAAAAGAUGCUGUAAAGAUGCUGUGAAGGGGAAGAAAGGUGGGGUUUUGAUACCAUACAGAAAAAGAAAGAGUGAACAUUAGGAAAAAACAAACAAACAAGCUACUGUACAGUUUACUGUAGACAAAUCUCCGAGGAUAGUAGAAAUAAUGGGACACCAAAUAUAAGAUUUAUCGUAAAAAUCGCAUACAAUUGUUAAAGGAGAAUAUUCUAGAAUUAUGACUGUGCAUUUAAAAAGUUCACACAUUUUCUCCCUGUUGGACACUUAUUUCAAAGGGAAGAACGAUACAUUUUUGUGGAUUCUUGAAGUUUUGUAAUUAAUGUUCUUUUAUUCUGCGGUGGAUAUCAUCGAUUCGUAUUUUGUUCUGUAAUUUUAUUUUUUGAACAUUUUUUGUUUACCCUAAUUAAGUUAUAACUUUGCAUAACUAAAACUUUUGGAAUCUAGCACUCAUAAGUUGGAUAAUUCCAGUGUUUUCUACACCUAAUAACCUUUGCUGAUCAGAUGUGUUGAUUUUUUUUUCUGUAACAAUUGAAUUCCAAACCGAUUACUCUCCCUUACAAUAAUCAGCGUCUUGAACACGUUGCCAUGGAAACUAAUAAUGAACAAGACUGACAAAUUUAUUUCAAUAUUCGUUUCCUCUUUUUUUCCCCUUCGAUUUUUAUAAUUCAAGCAAAAUGUCUAUUGACCUGUCCUUACCUUGAUUUCUGCCAGUGGCCAGUUAUCUCCCCUUCUCUUCGUCUGUAUAGCCUGCUGCGUUUUGGUCUGUAUAGCCUGCUGCGUUUUGAAUCAUCGCAGAAAUGAAUAUUUAAUCAUUAUGACCUGGUCAUGAAGGUAUGACAUGAAUGCUUAGUGUCCUAGAUUUUGUUAGACAUAGAGAAAUUGUGAGGAUAAUAGAUUCAGGAGAAAUAGCUGACCUAAAGUUCUUAAAGAAAAUAUUUUUUGAAGGAGUAGAAUUCUCAAAGUGUUUUGUUAUUGAUUAUUUGACUGAUAACUCGGUCGUACACUUAUAUUUGUACACAUUUGCUUAGUGAUCAAGUUUGUGUGACGACCUGGUGAUUGAAAAGUUACGGAUAUUCUUACUUCUGCUGAAACUGAAUUGACCUUGAAUAAAAUAAAUUAUGUGAGCUGGAGUUUGAUGUAAUAGAUAUUUGGAACUUUUUGGAGGAGACUUUUUGUUUUAUUCAUUCACUUUAUUGCUAAGAGAAUGUUAUGACCAAGGCUGACAAUGGAAGAAGAUGAGAGUGCUGCCAGUUUCGACACCAUAGUUUGCCAAAGUGGACAGUUCGGAUUCUUCCAGAAGAGACUCUUCUUCAUCAACACCUUAAUUCAGAGCGCCUGCAUCUCCGUCAUUGUCUACACGUGUACCUGCAUGCCUGGCUUGGACGAAGAUGGGGACAGCUGCGGAGAUACUUUUGGUCCUGACCUCAUUUUCGCCAACAACGGAUACCACCACAACUUGACCACUCCAGACAAGGACGACCACCACAACAUGACCUCUUCAGUUAAUGCCUCAGUGGAGUAUCUCAUCCAGAACCUGACCGCACUCCUGCCGGGCCUUUCCACCACGCCCGCCGCACAACUUCUCCAGAUUCUUACGGAUAUUACUAUCGCCAAAAAUGAGACUUUGGUCAGCGUGCUGGACAUGAUGACCAGCGUCGUCAACGACACAAGUCGCUUUUUGUCGAAAUCUUCUCAGGAUCUCUUUCCAGAGAGCUUAUCCACCGCACUGUAUCAAACAGACCCAGGGUCGUCGCCGAUUUUGGACCCACCCCAUACCAACAGGAGCUCUCCUGCUAGUGAUAUUUUAGAUUGCUAUUUAAAUUCUAUAUUUCAAACAGCUGAUAACUUGACUGACCAUCGCAAUGAUACUGUUACCAUGUCAACCAACAAUGCCUUACCUUCCACCAGGUCGCCAAAUAGUUCUUUCAACUCUUCGGCGCGGAAUGACUCCGCAGUAAAUAACAACGAUUGGCCCCACCUAGUGGACGCGGUUCUAGUCAAUCUGACCGAAAGGGUGUCGCUUCAGGAUAUGACUAGCAACACCCAGGGAUAUUAUCCCGACUUGUCUGUGAUCCUAGCCAAUGAAUCGUCCUCUGUGGUGCCAACUACACACAAUGCGUGCCAGAAACCGUUUAUUCUUCUCAGAACGGAUUUAAAAAGGACGCAGAUACUUGACAGCAUGGGUCUUGAUGACCUUAUACAGCUGACCUUCUACGGCCAGGGUGUAGGAGUCAUCCUGGGCUCCGCUGUGGGAAGCAUGACUGCUGACAUUCUGGGCAGACGGCGCCUCCUGUACAUCGCACUGACUGGGAUGCUGACCAUGCAGUGUUUACUGGCCGUGUCCAUCUCAUGGGUCAUGUUCAUCUUUAUGAGAACCCUGGCAGUAGCGUUUGCAGGUGCCACCAUGGUUGUGAGUUCUGUGCUGGUCAUAGAGUUCCUGGGCCCAGACUGGAGGGAUGCGUGCACGUGCUCCUGUUUCUGGACUUUUGGGGCCAUCGUUAUGGCCAUGGAGACCUUGGUCACGUUAAACUGGAGAUGGCUGGCGCUCUUGUCUGGAGGAGUUUGUUUUCCUUUAAUUGGUACAUAUUUUACGUCCACUGAGUCCGUCAGGUGGUUGCAGUGUCAGCACCGGUUCACCGAGGCGGAGGCUUGUUUCCGAGAGGUGGUAUCCGUCAACGCCUCUGCUGUGCCUGACAUCAUGUCUCUGCUGGACGAGUCAAGGGCCUGCAUCAUCCACAACAUGCACCAGAAGAGAUUCACCUUCCUGGACUUGUUUCACUCCCUAGACUCAGCCAAGUGGACGGUCACACUUAUAUACACCAGCAUGGUCUCAGCCUGCGUCUACUUUUGUCUUUUGCUGAGAGUGAAGCAGAUCACGGGGCUAGUUCACUUUGAUGUCUUCUUGCCAUUUAUACUGGACCUGCCCUUGACUUGGUCCGUUAUAGUGGUCAACAGAUGUCUGGGACGACGCUGGUGCCUAUUCCUUUAUUCUGUGGCUUCCGGUUUUGCUCUUCUGUCCGUGCUCAUCCUGCACGUGACCGGAAAUGUUGGUCAGAUGCCAUCACUGGUCACUGGACUGGCGUUGUUUGGAAAGAUCGGAGUGACCGCAUCAUUGUCCCUCAUUUUCCUUAUCGCAAUCGAGACUUUUCCAACAGUGACCAGAUGCAUGGGAUUGGCUGUAGCGUUGGCUUCCGCUUCCGGUGGAACGAUGCUGUCAACUGCAUUAAUUUUUCUGGAGCGACAACACUAUACUGUGCCUUACCUUGUUUAUGGAGCCAUGAUGGCCAGCGUCGGAGCCGUGGGGCUCCUGUUUCCAGAGACCAUCAGGCAACCCUUGAAGAACGUGCAACAGUGUCGCCACCGCAAGAUUCCUUUGAUGGAGGGCGCCCGGCUGGUUGGACGACCACCAACCAUGUGGGACGCCGUCUAAUUCAAUCAUUAACUCCAUUAAAAUUUUUUAGUAUUUAUUGAGGAUGGCUUUGAGUGUUGGGCUUGGAGUGUAGGUCAUGGAGUGUGGGGCUUGGAGUGUAGGGCUUGGAGUGUGGGGCUUGGGGUGUAGGGCUUGGAGUUGGGGAUAGAAGUGUAGGGUUUGGAGUGUGGGGCUUGGGAUGUAGGGCUUGGAGUGUUGGGCUUGGAGUGUAGGACUUGUAGUGUGGGGC